GUUCAGCGUGUGUCAGCACGGGACCAUUCCAACCAGCAUUGUUAUGCGUUGGCUGCAGACUGCACGGAUGCCCCCGCCGAGAGCAUGUGGUGGUGGGGGGGAGGUCAUGCGGAGGAGGUGGCCAAAAACCCCAGAUAAGAGGGAAGGAAGGCCAACUUCAGGUUUCCUGCAUCCUUGGGAGUUGUGGAGGCGUCUCCUGUUGUUUCAGUUUCACCAUGGCUGCUGUUCAAACACAAGGCUCCUCAUGGUCACGACCUCGGCAGAACCCUCUGCACAUUUAUGGGGGUCAAGCCUGCAACUCGUUGAUGGCCGACUCUUUGUCAGACAGAACUCCUCUCCAUGAAGCAGCUUACCUGGGCAGACUCCUCCACCUGAGAUCUCUCGUAGCGCAGGGUUUCCAUGUAGAUCCCCUCACCAUGGACGGAGUCUCUCCUCUCCACGAGGCGUGUCUCGCCGGUCGUUAUGCAUGCGCCAAGUUCCUGCUGGACAACGGUGCAAAUGCAACGGCAGUAACAGCAGAUGGCGCCACACCCCUCUUCAAUUCCUGCAGGAGUGGAAGUGCAGCCUGCGUUAGGCUGCUGUUGCAACACGGCGCCCCCAUCCACGCCUCCCACCAGCAGGCUUCCCCCCUCCACGAGGCUGCAGCCAAAGAUCACAGGGAGUGUGUGGAGCUGCUGCUGUCCCGUGGAGCUGCCAUCGACCUGGAGCUGCCGGAGCUGGGGACGCCGCUGUACUGCGCCUGCCGGGCCGCUGCUGCACGAUGUGUGGAGGUGCUGCUGCGCUCAGGUGCCGAUGUCUGCGCUGGACGUGGUCAGGACCGUCCUCUACAUGCAGCGGUUCGCUGGGGAGGAGUGAAGGUGGUUGAGCUCCUGCUGGACUUCGGGGCCGACGGCUCCCGCAGGAACUCGGAGGGGAGGACUCCUCUGGACCUGUCCACGCCCAACAGCGCCGUUAGAUUUGCGCUGCAGAAAAGAGGUCCCUGCUCUCUGUCUCAGUUGUGUCGCUUCUGCAUCCGCCGAAGUCUCGGACCGAGUCGCUUUCACAGAGCUUCCAGUCUCUUCCUCCCGCUCAGGAUCAAGGACUUCCUCCUCUACCAGUGAGACGUCUGCCUGCGAGGCCUUGGUCUCGCUGUCACAAGCUGAAUCAUCCGUCACAGUGUUUCCUCUCUCGUUGACCUUCAAGUGGAACAAGAGAUUCCAGUUCUGAGACUGAGAGGAUGUGAAGUCUUCAUCCGUGUCACGACUGUCGCUUUUAAUGUAAAACAUUUGCCAUUCAUGUGUUAUUCAAAGGUGUCAUUUAAGCUUUGUAUUUGUACUUUGAUUGAGGCUUUUCACUCAAUACUUUUUUUUCAAAAUGCUUCUUUUUCACUUUGUGGGUUUUGUAGUUUCGUUCAGGCUUGUGUAGUUUCACAGGCAGCAGUGUGGACGUCACACGAGUCUUCUGGAGAAGGGCAUAAAAAUGGUUUCAGAGUUAGAAAAACAGUAGAGCAAUCACAUCGUCGUAGCCGUCAGAAGCAGAGCGGGGCUGUCACGAGGGAUCAAAGUAUCCUUGUAGCACCCUAUAAUGUAAUCAUUUCCUGAAAAUGUAAUAACGCCUGAAAAUGUAAUAAAAUUUGCACUUAACUCAAUCGAAAAUGUAAUAAAACCCAAUAAUGUAAUAACUUCCCCAAUAAUGUAAUAAAAUAC